CACACACACACACGCGCGCGCAUACAGAGAUGCGACACUCCCAGGCUCACUCGCUUCUGCUCCUGGUGCUGGCCCUCCUGGCUGCCACCUGCGCGGCGGCCGGUGCCUCGGCCUCGGCCUCUGCCACCACCUCCGCCGGCGCCCCUGCCGAGGAGCCGCAGUUCAAGCUGUCACAGGAGUUCUUGGACACCUUCGCCAUGCCCGAGGACAAUGAAGCCAUCACCAAGCGCCGGAACAAGUACUUCAUGGACCACUCGACGCUCAUCGAAUCGCGGGCUGCCUUUGACGAUCUGGUUGGCGCGUCGACCGCCAAGUUGACCGCCGUGUCCUUCUAUUCCGGCAACUGUGUCGCGUGCAACCACGUCCAUGCCACCCUGGGCGCGAUCGCCGAGCACCAGGCCGCACAGCCGGCCACCGCCGGGCGCAUCCCCAUUCACCGGGUCUUCUGCCCGGUGCAUGAGUCCCAGUCGGCCGAGCUGACCGCCCUGUGCGGGGAGUUCCGCAACCGCGCGCGCAAUGACAACCCGGAUCUGGUGCUCUUCGGCCCGGGGGGCAUGCACCUGGGGUCGGUCAAUGAAACGGCCACGGCCGAGCUGAUCUCCGCCCAUGUGGCCCAGACGACCGUGGCCCCGGAUCAGGACAAUCCCGCGGAUGUGGCCUUCUCGGCGGCGGCCCCCACCGUGGCCAGCUUCUCGGCCAAUGACCUGCUUCGAUACCUGCGGUAUGCGGCCGCCGCGCAGGGGAGCUCCAGCGGGGCGGCCAUUGCCCAGGCGGCCCUGGCCGAUCCGGCGGCUCGGCGUCUGCUCGCCGGCGCCGGAGCCGCCCUCGUCCAGACGGAGGAGGAGCUGAAUCGCGAGCUGCGCGCCUUCCCGGUGGUGGUCAUCAUCGGGGCCGAGGACCUGGACGCGUUGGAGGCCGUCUGGCCGCAGACGCCGGCCACGCUGCGGCGCUUCGCCGAGCGCGCGCGCGUUCUCGUGGUCCUGGCCGAGCCGGAUGGCGGGGCCCUGGUCAAGCGGGCCUUCCGCGGGACCAAGAUCGGCCUGCAUGGGCUCGACUCGUCGGACCCGCCGCAGGUCCUCCUGGUGUCGGAUUAUGGCAAGGACCGUCUGCUGCACGACUCGCUCUCCGGCCCGACCGAGACGUCGAUCCUCAAGUCCAUCGACCUCCUGGGCGUGACUCCCUUCGCUGAGCUCAACAGCCAUCGGUCGGUGGAGCAAUUCUUCUCCAUGGGCGUGCCCACGGUGCUGGUUCUGCACAGCUCCACAGCCGAGGGGGCCACCCUCGCGGAGCACCGGCGGGUGCUGACCGGCACCCGGGAUGCCCUCCGGUCGGCCCUCUUCCCGGACAGCCGGCUCCGGUAUACCUUCGCCUCGGUGGAUGUUGGACCGCGUCCCGGGCUGGCUGCCAUGUAUGGUGUGGAUGCCGGGUGCCGACAGGUCGACCCCGCCGGACGCCUGUGCGGCGUGGUCAUCGAGGAUACGCCGAAUCUCAAGCGCUACCGGUGCGACUUCCCGCCGGUGGCGGCCGCCGAUGGCGCCGACCCGAAGAAGGGUUCCACCGAGGGCGGGCCGCGCUUCUUGGCCGACUUUGCCCAAACGGUGAAGACCUGCCUCCAGCAGUUUGAGAAGGGCCAGCUGACUCCUUACCAGUUCUCGGAGACCAUUUCCCCGGACCAGGACGGACGUGUGUUCAACUCGCUCAAGUUGACUGCCGACAACUUUGCCGACAUUGUCAAUGCCCCGGAGCGUGACCGUGACCUGGUGGUCAUCUUCUACGCCCAGUACGACUCCAUGUCGUUGGCCAUGCUCCCCCUGUUCGGCCGUAUGUCGCUGGCUUACGCCAAGGCCUUUGACGAGGAGCUCCGUAGCCCGGAUACGAUUGAGGGAGCACCGAUCCCUCUGUUUGGUCGCUUCAACGUCGAGCUGAAUGCCCUGCCGAACGAUCUCGUCAUCAGCUCCACUCCUUCAAUUGUUCUGUUCCCGGCCCCGGCGGCCGGUGAGGCGUCCACCGCCUCGCCGAUUUGGAUCCACCCGCCCGUGGGGUCUGACGGCAAGCCGGCCGAGGCUGCCAGUGCCCCCGGCACCGGCCACGACGACAAUGACGAGCCCUUCCACAUGGAGCUCAUCCGCCGUCUGCGGAAGGUGUCCCCAGGCGCGGCCAAGCUGGCCGAUGCCGACCUGCUCGAUACCAUGCCCAAGGCUGAGAUGGCCGCCAAGGGCGGCGCCUCCGCCGUCAAGAAGUCCGAGGCCGACCUCUGAGGCCGCGCACGCCCCUCCGCGCCUCGGCCCCUUUGCGCCUCCCCCGUGCCGGCCGAGAGGGGGGGGGGGGGGG